AUGGGAGGAUCGGCUUUCAAGCUCUGCCUCGCGGCCGCGGCCGUCGGCGCCGGCGCCUUCACGGCGCCGGCGACGUCGCUCCGCCAGCCCACGUCCCUCGGUGCGUCGGGCCACGCGGUCAUCGUGCAGAACAAGGGCGGCGGCCACGGCGAGAUCGGCUACCACCUCGCCAAGGCCCUCGCGGCCAAGGACCUGGACGUGACCAUCGUCCAGGACGCGUCGGCGACGAAGGAGGCGCUGCCCUUCAAGCUCUACGACGAGCUCAGCGCGACCGUGGCCUGGUGCGACAUGGGCGACGCGGCCGCCGUCGAGAAAGCGUGCGCUGUCGACGGCCUCACGCACGUCUACGACAACUUCGCCAAGUCGCCCGCCGACGCCGCGCCCAUGAUGGCCGCGGCCAAGUCCAGCGACGCCUUCUACGCCUUCGUCUCCAGCGCGGGCAUGUACACGGCGAAGGGCAUCCUCAAGGAAGAGAAGAAGGUCAAGGACCCGCCGACGGGGCAGCGCGAGGUCGAGCUGGCCCUCGAGGCCGAGCUCGCGGGCAAGUGGUGCGCCUUCCGGCCCCAGUACAUCUACGGGCCCUACACGAACAAGCGCGACUACCUCGACUGGUUCCUGAACCGCGCCGCGCGCGACAUCCCCAUGGCCGUGCCCGCGGACGCGCAGCAGCCCGUGUCGUUGACGCACUGCGAGGACGUCGCGGCGCUCAUGGCGUCCGUCGUCGGCAAGGAGGGCGCCGCCGCGGACCAGAUCUUCAACUGCGGCACGAACAAGAUGUGCUCCUACGACGACGUCUGCAUCGCCGCCGCCAAGGCGCUCGGCAAGUCCGAGGCCCUGGUCGUCGCGCUGCCCCCGGACACGAAGUCGUCCUUCCCCUUCCGCCCCAACGCCGAGGGCUUCGCCGUGCGCGUCCGCAAGGCCAUGGACGUCCUCGAGUGGCCGGGCGCGACGCACGACGUCCUCGCCGACCUCGCGGGCUUCUACACGGAGGACUUCCUCGCCCUGGGCCUCGACAAGGGCGACCUCGACACGUCCAAGGACAUGCUCGACCUCUGCGAGAACAUGGUCCAGGACUACGGCGAGCGCGGCGUCCACGUCUGA